ACCACAUUCCUGGCACCUGGACAGAAGUGAGGAAAGAUUUAACUAUUGCCUGAGCAGAUGCAGGAUAGUUGAGGAGUGUGCAUUUGGAAGACUGAAGGCAUGUGGAGAUUUCUAAUGACAAGCUCAAUCUCUGUGACGGAGAAAUGCUACAGCGAGGUUAAGUAGGCACUGUACUGCUUCAGUGUAGACACCAUCUACGCCAACAGGAGGGAUUCUCCUAUCAGCAUAGGUAAUCCACCUCCCUGAGAGGCUGGAUCAGUGGAAGAAUUCUCCAGUCAACCUAGUGCUGUCUAUAUGGGGACUUAGAUUGGCUGAGAUUUUUCACACCCCAGCCUGAAACAGCUCACAGUGACUAUUGUUUCAUGGUGCAGCAUGCAGCAUGGUUCAUACAUCCAAAUGGAUGAAUCCAGCUUUGACUUAAACUCAUUUCCAGACUACUAUGAGGAGUAUGGGAACUUGACUAAUUAUACUGGCUCUGGUAAUGUGUGUGAAAUGGAUGACCUCCACGCAUUUGGUGCCCAUCUCACCACCAUCCUGUACUCUCUUGCGUUUGUUCUUAGCCUGGUGGGAAAUAGUUUGGUGUUAUGGAUCCUAAUGAAGUAUGAAAGCCUUGUGUCUUUAACAAACAUCUUCAUCAUGAACCUUUGCAUCUCCGACCUGGUCUUCUCUUGCAUGCUGCCCUUCUGGAUUGUGUAUCAUUUGCAUGGAUGGAUUUUUGGUGAUUUUCUCUGCAAGGCUGUGAAUACUGUUUUCUCCAUCAGCUACUACAGUGGUAUUGUCUUUUUGACUAUAAUGACUAUUCUCCGGCAUAUGGCAGUUGUGAACCCUUUGUCAACCUUGAGUACUCAGACACGCCAGUGUGGCAUUCAGGUGAGCUUGGCCAUUUGGGCUGCUAGCAUAUUAGUCGUGGUUCCUGAGAUGAUUUUCACCCAAGUGCAAACUGAUCUGGAUGGUUUCAGUACCUGCGAUUACACUGACUUACAUUGGAAAAGGGUAGAAAUUUAUCAGCGAAAUGUCUUCUUUCUCUUUUCCUUUACUGUUAUUGUAUUUUGUUACAUCAAGAUACUGAAAAUUCUGCUCAGAACAAGAUCUCAUAGGAAGCACAGAACUGUGAGACUCAUCUUUACCAUUGUGGUAGCUUUUUUCCUGAGUUGGGCACCUUAUAAUAUAUUCUGUUUCCUGCAAACUUUGCCAGCUCAUUACAUCUUUCUGAACUGUGAGAUUCAAAAAAACAUUGAAUAUGCCUUCUACAUCAGCCGCAAAAUUGCCUUUUCCCACUGCUGCCUCAACCCUGUGCUCUAUGUAUUUGUUGGAGUCAAAUUCAGAAGACAUUUGAUGCACCUAUGCAAUUACCUCUGGCCAUGCAAUAAUGGGAAAAUCUCCAGCCCCAGGAUUUAUUCUCAUGGCAAAUUCCACUAUGAAGAUGCUUCCAUUUACUGA